CUCUGCCUAUGUGUCUCAUGGAGAGCAAGCUGGGAAUGAUGCGAAGAUCGAGGAUAAGUGUGAGGCCCAAUGUCCGGCCUGGGGGUAGAGGCCUCACCACUUCAUCUCAGGACCCUAAGCCCUCAGAGGAAACUGCGGCUGAGCCUCAGAAGGCUCCAGAGGAAAGCCAGGAAGCAGGGAAGGAGACCCAAGAGCAAGUCAGCAAGGCUCAUCCUGGAGAUCCAGGAGACCCGUCACAUGAUGAAGCUGGACAGAAACCCACUCAGGAAGGACAGCAAAUCAGCACCCCCCAUAACCUGAAUGCAAAGAGUGAAGAGGGUGCAGCCUCUGCUAGCACCAGUUCUCCAGCCGCCACUGUACAAAGAAGAAAACGCUUCUCCGCGAUGCCAAACCUCGCCAAGCCCAGAGCAGUUCCUGCCUCGGCCCAACCACGUGCCAGAGCAACGCCCAAGUCACCCCCUGCAAAGCACGUCGCGUCACCUGCUGUCGAGGAUAAGGCCCCGACUUCGCCAGAGCGCACGCAGGCAGAGAACGCUCCCCGCAGAACCCUCACGUCGCCAGCCCGACGAAGAUCUUCCGGUGGAAAACAGCCAAAGGCCGCAGAAGAAAAAUCUGAGGCUUCUGCCUGUUCAAGUCAACCUCUGUCAGCUGGACAAGAUAACACAGCUAGUGAAAGUUCACAAAAGCGUACCUUAUCCCCAAAAGUCUCACAGGAAAGCACAUCUGCAGGGAGCACACAGCAACUGACUGAAUCCUCACUUCCUGGUCAGAAAGAAUCACAAUGCAGCGAUUCAUCACCAAAAGAACCUUCCCCUAAAUCUUCUGUGCCUCUAAAUAAGCCAAGCAUUUCUUCAGACCGUGAGAGGAUCCUAAAAGCCCGGAAACUGAGAGAGCUUCUUCAACAGGAAAUUCAAAAAGAGAAAAAACUGAAGAAAGGGAAGGUUCUCACAUUUGAAACCCCUGUCCCUCAGGACCGGAGCAAGAUGAUAAUGAGGGACUUCAUAUACUAUUUACCGGAGAGCAAUCCAAUGAAGUCUUCAUUAGAGCAAGAACAGAGGCAGACUGAGACUGUGACGACCCUUCCGCCCAACAGAGAACCUUCACUGAGGCCCCAGGAGGAAGAAGAGGGGGAGGAGGAUGAGGAUGAGGAUGAGCCUGUCCAGGAUGACCAGCUUCUGGUUCCCAGGGUGAAAGUGGCAGAAGACGGCUCACUUAUUAUUGAUGAAGAAAGUUUGACUGUGGAGGUUUUAAGAGUCAAAGGUCCCAAUGUAGUAGAACAGAAUGAUCCAAUUUUUGAGCGUGGGUCUACCACAACCUACUCCAGCUUUAGGAAAGCCAGCUACACGAAGCCCUGGUCCAACAGAGAGACAGACAUGUUCUUUUUGGCUAUCAGCAUGGUGGGGACAGAUUUCUCAAUGAUUGGUCAGCUCUUUCCACAUAGAGCCAGGACAGAGAUCAAAAACAAAUUCAAGAAAGAAGAACGGACGAACUCCUGGAGGAUAGACAAAGCAUUUAGAGAGAAAAGGCCAUUUGAUAUUGAUUUCUUCAGCAAACUUCUGGAAAAGGCUCAGAUUGAAGAUGCGAAGAAGAAGGAAAAACCUAGAAGAAGCAGGAAGAAUCUGACAGAGAGUACUUCAGCUAGACCAAGGAGCAAGCGAAAAAAAAAAGUGAGUGACCAGGAUAAAGCUGCUGAAGGCAGCUUCCUUGUGUCAGGGUCCGGCAGUGAGGAUGAGGAGGGUGACCCGGAGCUGGCUGAGAAGGAAAAUGAGGAGUCCUUCAGUGUGCACACAGGUGAGGACGGAGAGAGCAGCCAGGCGGGUCCUGCAGCCAGGAAGAAACGCAAGCACAGGAAGGACGAGGGAGCUGAAGACGCAACUUCUGAAAGGCCUCCGGACACAAAGAAAAGGCAAAGAAAGAGAAAAAAAACAUGCGAAGAAGUAGGCCCAACAGACAUGGAAGUUAUUUCCUGUGAAGAGCCUGGAAAUGGAGCUGCUGGUGCUGAAGUUAUACCUGAUGGUGCCAAUAGAUCACAAGAAACAGAAAGCCCUGCGAAGGAAGGAAAGGAAUCUCUGAUCCAACCAGCUCAGCCCGCAAGACAUCGUUCCCAGAAGCCAAAGCCGAAGCUUACACAGAGAAGAGGAGGCAAGAGAGCUGCAGAAGCUUUGGAAACCCCAGGGGCUAAAAGCAGGACUGAAGGCGAACAAGGAACGGAAGGAGGUUCUCCUGACUCCACGGCAAGCAAAGAACCUGAUUCCCAAGGAGCUGGGCAUGAGGGUGGUAACUCUAAAUCCUCAAAAGGGAAGAAACCCAAAAGAGUGAAAAAACGCACUAAUAUUUUAGAGUCAUCGGACAGUGAGAACCCAGGAGAAGAUAUGGAAGAGGACCCUGAUCUCACUGCUGUGCAGGAGCACAUGCUGAACAAACCUACCAGGUCAGGAAGAAUACCAAAGUUUUCUCAGCAAUUGAAGCAGCCCGAGGAGGAGGAUAAUUCUCCUGUGGCUUCCCCUUCUGCCGUGCCGCCGUCUCCUGAGGACUCUCCCGCUAGUCGGAGAGGCAGGGACCACUCUGCUACCCCCACAAAGGACAAACCCAGCCUAGACCAGAACCAGAAGACCCAAAGAUCUGGGAAGGCCAAGCUGGUAACUCUGAGGGCAUCUCCGGAGGAGCCUGAGGAAAACGAGGAAGAGGCAGAUGAGGGGAGGGCCGAGGAAGACUACUGCUAUCCUACAAACCCUGAGGAAGUGAACCAGGCUCCUGUGUUUGUGCCCGCCAGCCUGCGGUCACCUACCAUGGUCCCAGUGGAAGUGGAGGAGACUAUGGAAGAGCUUGAGAUCUCAGACAGUGUCCCUGAUGGACGCUGCUCUCUUGAGAGCGAGCAGACCCACUUCUCUCAGUCAUUGUGUGAUGAGGCCCUUUGCCGAGCUUCACAAGAGGAGGUUGUAGUUCCUUCUGAAAAUCAGUUGGACAUAUUGGUUGAUGUGAUUGAAAUUUUCUCGACAGGAUCCGUCUCUGAAUUCUCAGGUUCUGAUAGAGAGAGCAACACUGAGGCUGCACAGACUUUGCUGACAAUUAGAAACUCUGAGUUUGUGCCCGCAGAGGCUGAUGGGAGAAGCACAGGAUCAGAAGAUGCCGUCAUUGAAGCUUCAUGUCAGAGAGUAGAGGAAGAAGAGGAAACCAGUGGGCAGCUUGGUUCAGAACCGACUGAGCAGCCAGACGUCACUGAGGCUCCUCAGGCAGCGGUAUGUGACUCCCCUGCUGCUGUGACCCCGUCAGAGACUUCAGACACCACAGCAAGAGCUUCUCCAUCAGUGGAGGAGCCCCAAAAAGCGGGAGAAAGUUCAGGCACCGUGAGUGGUUCUGAUGAACAAGAAAGGGCUGCUGGCCCGGCCUCCUCAGCCCAGAAUGGAACUCAGCACAGAAGGACGAGGUUCUCAAAGCUUAAACCCAACCUGGUGAGGACAGCUAGAGGUCCACAGGUUCAACCCGUACGGAGUGGAGCACCUCGCAUCAGCUGUGACCGCUUAGUUGAGCCUACUCCUGUUGAGUCUGCCCCACAACGCUUAGCUACUGAGGAGAAAUCUGUCUCAGACAGUGAAAAGGAGAAAGACAUCCCAAGAGAACAGGGUGAUACAGAGGCAUCAGGUGAUGAUGUGCAGAAAGAAAAAGACAUCUCUAGAGUUCCUGGGUCCCCUGAAGUCACGCCGGCGUCGAGUGCUACAAACCCAGGCUUGCCAGCUCAGAAUGAGGGUCGAUUCAGAAGGAGCAGGUUCCCAAGACCCAAACCCAAUCUGGGCAGGACAGUCCGAGAUCCCCAGACAGGACAGGAUAGUCCGAAACCAGCCCCGAGCAGAGCACCUCAGAACAGCACUGCCAGUUCAGAUGUGCCUGCACCCAUUACAUCUGUCCCGCCGUUGUUGUCUGAAGAGCACCAGCCUGGCUCAAACAGUUCAAAAGACAAAGAUGGGUUAGGCCUGGCUCUUAGCAAGAAACCUGGUGAAGAUGCUCAGAAACAGGAGGGCACUCCUGGGGUUUCUGAAGAGUCUGAAGGCAGCGCAGAGAUGAGCGCAUUAUGUCAAAGCUCGCCAACCGAAAACAAGUCUCAGAGCAGAAGGAGCAGGUUCCCCAGGCCCAAACCCAAUCUGGGAAGCACAGCCAGAGGUCUUCAGAUACCGGUGCAAGAUAAAGCCCCGCACAAGAUCAUUGAUAAUUCAGUUCAGCCUGCUGCUUCUAUGGAGUCUGUUCAACAGCAGGCUCUCGAGCAAGAGGAGACUGACUUAAACAGCAUGAAAGAGAAUGAGGUCUAUGAGGUCCCUGGAGAGGUCCCUGAUAAGAAGGAAACGGCUGAACAUGAACAGGAAAACAGCUCCAAAGUUUCCGAGGUGCCCGAAGUCACUUCAGAGUUGAGUUCCAGAAGCCCAGUCUCCUCGGUACAGAGUGGGUCCCGAUUCAGACGGAGCAGGUUCCCAAAACCCAAACCCAACGUUGGCGGGACAGCCAGAAGUCCUCAGACAGGAUCAGACCGAUGUGGAGCAUCACUCAAGGAUACAGAGGAGACAUCUGACUCAAGCUGCAUCAAAGAGAAAGAAAUCCUGAGGGAACACAGUGAUAAAGAGGAAUCAUGUGAAGAAGCUUUGAAGAAGGAAGAUAAGCCCAGAGCUCUUGAAGCACAAGAAGUCACAGCAGAGUCAAGUGCCAAAGGCCCAGACUCCUCAGCCCAGAAUGGGGCUCGAUUCAGAAGGGCCCAGUUCCAGAAGCCCAAGCCCAUCCUUAGUAGAGCAGCCACUGGCCCUCGGACACGAUCACACAGUGGGGAUCCACAGCAUUUGCCUGCAGAAGAUUGCAGUGAAACUGCUCCCAGUGAAGUAGGAACUCCAGAGAUGAUUGUGGAGAAUGUUGGCUGUGACCAAUUGAGAAAAGAAGGAAACAAUUGUCGCAGGAAGUUAUCAUCUGAAGAGAGCACAGGAGACGGGCAAGCAGAUAUAAUACUUGCAAAAGAAAACCGGUCUGAAGAAGCAGCCAAACGUGAGCCAAGUAAGGUCAGAACUCGCAGUAAUCAAAGACCCACAGUCAGCAGCCCAGAGUCCAGCCUCAGGAGAUCCCCCAGGAGCAGGGGCAUCUUGUCAAGAAGUCUAAAUAAGACAGAGGACACCCCAGAGGCCAUUGGCACAACACAGGUGAGAACACAGGAAAGUAUCACUGAUGAUUCCACUAAGAAUGUCAGCAAGCCACAAAUUCUCCUCACCAGCCCAUGA